AUGGCGAAGCCCAGAACGACUGAAAAAAAGCUGCGCGUGGUGUGUAUCGGAGCAGGUCUCUCUGGUUUAACCAUUGCGUAUAAAUUAAAGCACGAGAAGCCUCUAGACUUCCUUGAUCUCACUAUUUACGAGAAGAAUCCGGAAGUUGGUGGCACGUGGUUUGAGAAUAUUUAUCCUGGAGUGGCGUGUGAUGUUCCUGUUCACAGUUAUCAGUUCCCGUUUGCACCUAAUCCCGCGUGGUCUAGCUACUAUGCCAGUGGAAAGGAGAUCCAGGAGUAUAUUGUCAGCACUGCUGAGAAGUACGAUCUGAAGGAAAACAUCAAGUUCAAUACGAAGCUUGUCAAGGCAAUUUGGUGUGAGACGCAGGGGAAAUGGAAACUUCAAUUGCAACAGGGUGGGCUCAUUAUAGAAGAUGAGGCGGAUAUCGUACUGGAUGGGAGUGGUGUUUUGAAUCAAUGGAAAUGGCAAGAGAUCGAGGGGUUGGAUACCUUUAAAGGAAAACUACUCCAUACUGCUCGAUGGGAUCCGGAAUACAACUACGAGGGAAAGAAAAUCGCAGUCCUCGGCAACGGCUCGUCAGGAAUCCAGGUAAUUCCUUCUCUUCAACCUAACGCCGCAAAGCUGGUCAAUUGCAUUCGACAUGCUAUUUGGACUACGCCUAACCUCGGUGGUACAAACUUCCAAUACACAGAAGAGGAAAAGCAGCGAUUCCAGGAUAAUCCAGACGAGUUUCUGGAGUAUAGGAAAUCUAUUGAGGGGGCUAUCAAUAGCGUUUAUAACGCAAUGAUCUCAGGAUCUGAGGAAAGCAAGGCCUUCUACGAGUGGGUACAGGGAGUGAUGCGAAGCCGUCUAUCCAAGAACCCCGAACUGGAGGACAACUCUAGGAUAGCAUUUAGUAAGAUCAAUCGCAUUACACCAAACGGUAUCGAGACAGACGAAGGAGAAGAAGAAUUCGACUUGAUCGUCUGCGCCACGGGUUUCAACUACUCAUUCAUUCCUCCCUGGGAGUUAAUCGGGCGCGACAGUCGCCGGCUCGAUGAGGGAUGGAAGGACACGGCAGAAGCAUACUUUGCGACAUGUGCUGCAAAAGUUCCUAACUAUUUUAUUUUUGGUGGACCAAACUAUCCCUCUUUCCCCUCGAAUUCACGACAAGAACUAAUUUCCUCCAGACCUGUCGUCGUGAAAGACUCCGUGGUCCAUGCUUAUAAUAAAUUCGCUCAAGAAACCCUGAAGCGCUGUGUCUGGUCCAAGGGCUGUCACGCCUGGUACAAUAAAAGGAACGAAGGGGCCGAUAACACUGUCACAGCGAUGUACCCAGGAAGUGUACUUCAUUUCAAAGAAAAACUCCGCCCCGAGCAUUUUGAGAUCCAAUAUAAUACCUCUAACCCGUUCAGAUUUAUGGGUAAUGGAUGA